CGGAAGCGGAUCCGCUCCGUCUCCUAGCAGCGGCGGGAGCGGGGAGGGAACCGCCCGGGGCGGCUUGUGGCUGUGCUACAGAGGACAUCUGUGACUGAUGUUUUUGACGUAAUUCCACUUAAUGAGGUUAUGGGAGAGAAGGAGCCAUGUCAGAGGAGGCUGUUACCGAGGCACGCUUUUCUCUGAAGACAGUGGCUCUACGGGCAUUUCACCUUCCCGUGUCUUGGUAUCACUCUCUCACACAGAUAAAUCUUUCACCUGGUUUAAAGAAGCUGUUCACAGUCACAGCAGUGAGUGCAAUAUCUGUCAUUUUUCUGGCCCAUCAUUUCAAAAGAAAACGUGGAAGGAAAAACAAGCAAGUGUCCCAAUGGGAGCCAGGUCAUCUACUAUUAGAAUGUACCAAAGCAGCUGCAUCAGAAAAAGGUUCAAGUUGUUCCAGUAGCCGACAAAACUUGACUCUUUCUCUGAGCUCUGCCAAGGAAAAAGGAUCACAGUCAUGUAUCUAUGCAAAUGGAGGGCUUUUCAGUAAAUACUCUGGUUCAGUUCAGAGUCUGGUCUCAGUUCAGAGUGCCACCUCUUGUCACAGCUGUGCUUGUGCCAAUUCUAACUCCUGGGAUAAAGCAGAUGAAGAGGAUAUUAAGCUUGUUAAUAUUCCAGUGACUACACCUGAAAACUUAUAUUUGAUGGGUAUGGAGCUCUUUGAAGAAGCACUGCGUCGAUGGGAGCAGGCAUUAACGUUCCGUAACAGGCAAGUGGAAGAUGAAGCAAGCUGUAGUUCCAUCAAGCUGGGAGCAGGAGAUGCAAUUGCAGAAGAAAGUGUAGAAGAUAUUAUUAGUGCUGAAUUCAUCCAUAAGCUUGAAUCCCUGCUUCAAAGAGCUUAUCGUCUCCAGGAGGAGUUUGAGGCCACCCUUGGGACCUCUGAUCCUGCUUCUCUGACUAAUGAUAUUGAUAAAAAUACAGACAUUACUGUAAAGGAUAACACGGAUGAUUUUUGCCUUCGAGAUACACUAAGCAUUGCAUCGACGGACUCUUUUGUUUCCACAGCUGAGCUUACGGAGCAUAGAGAAGUUCGUAAUACCUAUGGGCUAGAUUCCCUUUGCCAUUGCCCACUGUAUGAAGAAGCAAUGCACUUAGCAGAAGAAGGCAAAGUUUAUUCACGAGUAUUAAGGACUGAAAUGUUUGAAUGUCUUGGGGACAGCGACUUCCUUGCUAAGCUUCAUUGUAUUCGACAAGCUUUCCAGAUAAUUCUUUCAGAAACAGCAAACAGAAUAUUUCUUGCUGAAAGUGGAAGAAAAAUUUUAUCUGCCCUAAUUGUGAGAGCACGAAAGAAUCCAAAGAAAUUUGAAGAUGUCUUUGAUGAAAUGAUAUAUUUCUUGGAACAAACGGAUCACUGGGAUAAUACUGAAAUGGAACUUGCUGCUAGAGGAGUAAAAAACUUGAAUUUUUAUGAUGUUGUUCUGGACUUCAUUUUGAUGGAUUCAUUUGAAGAUUUAGAAAAUCCACCAAUAUCUAUACAGAAUGUAGUGAACAACCGCUGGCUGAAUUCCUCUUUUAAAGAAACAGCAGUGGCUUCGAGCUGUUGGUCAGUACUGAAGCAGAAAAGACAGCAAAUGAACGUACCUGAUGGAUUUUUUGCUCAUUUCUAUGCUAUAUGUGAACAUAUCAGCCCUGUUUUGGCAUGGGGUUUUUUGGGUCCUAGAAAUUCCCUUUAUGACUUAUGCUGCUUCUUCAAGGAUCAAGUGCUUUUCUUCCUCAAAGACAUCUUUGACUUUGAGAAGGUACGAUACUCAACUAUGGAGAGUUUGGCUGAAGACCUCAUGCAGUUACUAAUCCGACGCACUGAACUUUUGAUGGCCUACCUUGGAGCAGAUUCAUUGAAACAUGCCAGUGCUUGUGUAAGUGGUCAUGGGCAUGUGAUGACCAGUGGGCUCUUGGAAGCAAAGGCUCAGUAAGCUUAAAACCCAUGAGAUGUGAGAUGGAGUGCACUUUGACAUGCUCCUUCCCACCUUUCUUUCCCACCCCAAAGCUUUCAUUGCUGUUAAUGAGCAAACAUCUGACAAUGUACCAUGUUGCUAAGUAAGGAAAAGGACUCAGGGAGAAUACACAUCUACAAAAAGAACUGGUGAGCAUACUGUUGUAUAUAUCUAAAUUAAAUGUGCAGCUCAGCUGACAUCAUGUUUAUAUUUAAUGUAUCCCAAAGCUUUUUUUCUGUAAUAUUUUGGUAAAGUUUAUUUAUGAAAUACUGUACUUUUGCCACAGAUAAUUUGUAAGUGGAGCCGAUGGAUGUGUCUCAUGUAAAGGCUUACAGUACAAAAUGUUCACUACAGAGUCUCAAAGUCAUGAUGUGUCUAGGCCAAGGAGGUGUUUCAGUGGGGGUAUAUGCAGUUAUACAGUCUCUGGUUCAUGUGACACGUGCAAUAAAGGAAUCACAGUCACAAAACUGAACAUGUUGCCACUGCCCUGAAGUUACAUUUGUGUGGAUGUAAGCAGUCGUUUUGUACUACAGUAUAAGAGUGAUGCAGGCACCAUUUGGGCAGUAAUGACUUCCAGUAUGCAUUUUUUUGCUUUAUUUUUUGCACAAAAUCUAAUAAUCAUGAAGGUGUUUGUAUGAGACCACUUUUUAUAUCCAAACAGCUAUGCUAGUUUCACCAGUAUUUUUUUCUUUUUUAAAACUGCAAAGACUGUAAGUGGUGGUGAUGGAUAUAAUUCUUAGUUCUUAUGUAGCAUUUCAAAAUACGUUUUUAAAUCAUGAUAAUUUUUUAAUUGUGAAACAGAAUCAAGGGCAGUGUUUUGUAAUUAAAAGCAUUUACGUCUUCCUGCCUUCCUUGUAAGGAGGUCAAUUAUCUGUUUGGGAGGAAAUGUGGUGAUUUUGGCCAUAAAGGUUAACAUGCAAAAGUGUGGUGGCUCAGGAUAUGGAAACCUUAACGUUGGUUAGGAGGCAAUACAGUAAUGAGGCACGAGAAAACUUGCAGCAACAUUCUGACUGUGUUAAAGCUAAUAAUGAUCUAUAGUCUUGAAUUCCUUUAAACUGAAACAGUGUUUUUUAGUUAGCUUUUAAACUACGUUGAUGUAUUCUUGGCCACACAAAGCCAGCCUACAAGAAUUCAGCCUGUGUUAAGUAAGUAAUGAGACUAAUUAUAGACUAAUUCUAAACAUUCAGAUAUUCAGGAGCAUGUUGUUGUGAUGUAACAUAUUGAAGCAAACUUUGAUUAGAAACAUUUCAACUGCUGUUGCACAAAUAACCCAAACUGAUGGUACUUGAAGAUGAAGGCCAGUGUCUUUCCAUAGGUUUUACUGAAGCCAACUUUUUGUCGUGUUCAUUUGAUAAAGAUGAUGAAAAAGUAUCAUAUGACUUGUGUGAAAUGCCAACUGAUUAUAUUAAAAAAACAAAAAACAAAAAAUACAAAAAAAACCCCAAACUAUAAUUCUAUGUGUAAUAAAAUAGAAGUUCCAAAUGCUACUGUUGCACUGUUUCCACCAUUCAGGUUGCUGAACUUGGCACUCUGCUGUACUUUUCUUUCUCAGUUGAUAAUAUCUGCAAUACCAGAAUGUGAAGUUUGUGUCACCCUUCUCAUUUAUCUUAAGCAUACUUAUCUCCUCUCAUUGUAGUGCUCAAAAAUUCCUGUCUGAUGACAGCUUUCUGCAGUCUGUCAAUGGAAUUAUAUUGAACUAUAAGGUGUCAAACUGGAUUCAGAAUCAGUAAGAGAGUAAAUGGCAUAUUUCACACCAAAUAUACCACUUGGGCACUUGGUGUGUCACAGGAAGCUUAGUUGGUCUGGUCCAAUAAAAUGUUGAGAAAAUGAUACCUUAGCAUUCAUCACAGAAAAGCAGAAAUGCACAUUUUUACAAAAGUAAAUUCCUGAGUGAGCAAUUCUUGUAUUUAUAAAAUACUCCAGAAGAGAGUACGACCCAAAUGUUAUUCAACAGCGCUGAUAUGAGGCUGUUUCCAAAGGAUUUAAUUCUGUGGUCUUCUGUCAGAAAUGAAAGAAUUUAAAACAAAAACCAAUAUGCUAUGCCAAAAUAUUUAGAAAGUGGUUAAGUACCUGAUAUUUUUGGUUCAACAAAUGUAUCCCUUUAGGUCAGGAAUGCUUCCAUGACAUCACAGAGCUCUCAGAAGUCUGUAGAAUCAGGUCAGAAAUGAGGCUGAUGCUUCCCAUCCGGAAUAGGAGUUACAGCAUCUGGUUGCAGAGAGGUAUCAACAAUAGAUGUUUCUUUUAGACUUUGGCUUCUAUUUAUGUGAACUUUCUGGAAAGAAAAAAAAAGAAAGAAAAGAAAAAGAAAUUAAGGAAGAAAGAAAUCGGUAAGGAGAGAGAGAAGAAGGGAGGAAGGGGGAAAAAAAGGGGGAGCAGAGAAAUGUGCAUGUGCAGAUACCUUCAGGACCUUUUGGACCUCAAAAGCAUUUGCAUAUUCUGCCCUUCCUAGCUCCAAAAGCAGAGCUGUGAAUUGAAGUGGGAGGGAGCUGCCUUCUUGCCGAGGUUUAUACAACUGAGCUCGAGGGGACAAAAGGAGUAUCUGUUGAUAACUGCCACACAGCUGAAGAAUUCCAAGUCUGCCACCUUUGAAAACUCAAAUGCCAGAGCUGCACCAAAGCAGUGAUGGUAUGAUGUGGCUUUACUGAAUUCAUAACUAAGAAGUAAGAAUUUAGUUCAUAACCUCUUUUCAAAUAGUUUUGAAUGCUACUUUCUGUGCUAAUAAGAGCAAGCUAAAUUUAAAAGCUGUCCUGUUCUGUCAUAACUGAAGCUAAGAUCAGAAAUGUUGAAUGUGUAAGGACCAUAGAAGAAUCGAGUAUUUACAUCAUUUGCAAUUUUGUUGUUAUAAUCAUCUCACUUCAAAUGCAUUCUUAAUGGUUAUUAUACUUGUCUUUUGUAGUCUUUAGUUUCUGUCAAGCUAAAUGUGUCAAACCAAGUGCUGGAGUGAGCAUAUCUGUGAACUUCCCAUUGCCAAAAUGAACUGCGGUUGUGUUACUAAAUAAAAUAAUA